AUGCUUAAGGGGGGCAAGCCAAUAAGAAAUGAAAAGGGAAAGAUUAUCAAAUCAGCUCUAUAUCAAAGUAGAGAAGUUACUGUAGGAAGAGUUCAACCAAAUAGACGUUGGUUUGGAAACACUAGAGUCAUUGGACAAAAAGAAUUAGAAUCAUUUCGGGAAUCUUUGGGUGGAAAGGUUGAUGAUCCAUAUCAGGUUUUACUUAAACAAAAUAAAUUGCCAAUGAGUUUGUUGGCUGAUGCAACAAAGGUAGCACGGAUGCAUAUGGUGGAAACAGAACCAUUUAUUGAUACAUUUGGUCCAAAAGCUCAAAGAAAGAGACCAAAAUUAAAAUUUGGUACAAUGAAGGAUAUGAUUUCUGAAACUAAUAACUCCUUGGAAAAAUAUGAUGAAAAAAGUGAUCAAUCGCUUAUAUCUAAUUUAGUGACAGAUUGGACUGAAGAAGCAAGAGAUAGUGUAUUUUCUAAAGAUCCGAUAGGAACACGAUGUAAGGUCGUGGAGCAAUAUAUUAAAAAAGAAGCUAAACAUAAACAUUUGAUAUUCUUAUUAAACAAAUGUGAUCUCAUCCCUACGUGGGUAACGACAAAAUGGGUGGGACUUUUGUCUAAAGAGUAUCCAACUUUGGCAUUUCAUGCUAGUAUAAAUAAUUCUUUUGGAAAGGGAUCUUUGAUUCAAUUAUUACGACAAUUUUCAAAUCUCCAUUCCGACAAGAAACAAAUUAGUGUUGGUUUUAUUGGAUAUCCAAACACUGGUAAAAGUUCUAUUAUCAACACCCUAAGAAGUAAGAAAGUCUGUAGUGUUGCCCCUAUUCCUGGUGAAACAAAGGUUUGGCGAUACAUUACUUUGAUGAAACGAAUAUAUCUAAUUGAUUGUCCUGGGAUAGUGCCACCAUCCGAUGACGAUUCUGAGACGGAUAUUGUGCUAAGAGGAGUGGUCCGAAUAGAAAAUUUAAAAACUCCCGAAGAUUUUGUUCCUCCUAUUUUGGAAAGAGUUCGUAAAGAAUACCUGAAACGUACUUAUAAUUUACGUGAUUGGAAUGAUCAUUUAGAUUUUCUUUAUCAAAUUGCACAAAAAUCCGGAAAAUUACUGAAAAAAGGAGAACCCGAUAUUUCGACAGUAUCUAAAAUGAUUCUAAAUGAUUGGUUACGUGGUAAAAUCCCAUAUUUUACUUUGCCAUUAGUCGAGAAUGAAAACGAUAAUAAUGAAAACAUAGAUGAAAACGAUGCCGAGAAAAAGAAAAUACUAAAAGGUGUUGAACAAGAAUUUAAUAAUAUUCAUGUUACUACCGAAUUUCUACAAGAUGAUCUAAAGAAAGAUGAAAGCCCAGAUGAAUCAACUACUAAAACUGAUGAGAAAGAUGAAGAAGAAAAGACUCAACACCUUUCUGAUGAGAAGGGUUCCGAUGAAAAAGAUUUUGACGAAAAUAAAAUUCAACAUUCUUCUGAUGAGGAAGAUAUUGAAAAAACUCAUUCAGAUCAGAAAACUACCAAUAAAUCGAAAAAAGAAAUCCCGAUCGUAAACAAUAAAAACCGCAAAAAAAGAAAAAGGAAGAGGAAUGACAGUGAUGAUGAGGUAGAACGAAUAAAAGAACCACGGCUAAAAACAAAUAAACAAAAAAUUGGUGUUCAAUAUUAUGAAACGGCCAAUGUUAAAAAUAAAAAUAGAAAUAAAAAACCUCCUCAAGAUAGUACUAAAUUAGAAAAAAAAUUUAAGAAAAUGGGUGCUAAAAAGAAUUAA